GUCCCCGCCUCCCUCCGCAGCCCCGGCGGCGGCCGAGUCUCGGGGCCCGGUGGCCGCUGCUUGCGGGACGCUAGCCGCGCCGUCGCCCAGCCGGGGUAGGGGGACGCGGCCGUCGCGGGCGGGAGGGAGGACUCCGGCCGCCCGGACUGGAGGGCGCGGGCGGGCGGGUCGGCAAGCGGCCGCCCCGGCUGUCGCCUGCCCCGAGUCGUCGCUGCGCCGGCCUCGCCCCGCGCGCGGGGACAGGUGCCCCGGCCGGGGUCUGCCGGGAAGAUGGCGACCCCGGGCAUGAGCUGGCAGCAGCACUAUUACGGCGGCUCUGCGGCCGGGGCUGCCAAAUUCGCGCCCUCGCCGGCCGCCGCGCAGCUGGCCGGGCACAGCAUGGACUACAGCCAGGACAUGCACCUGAAGAUGAGCAAGAAGAUCGCCCAGCUCACCAAGGUAAUAUAUGCUCUGAAUACCAAAAAUGAUGAACACGAGUCUGCAAUUCAGGCCCUCAAAGAUGCUCAUGAAGAAGAAAUCCAACAAAUUCUUGCAGAAACAAGAGAAAAAAUACUGCUCUAUAAAAGCAAGGUAACAGAAGAGGUAGACCUUAGGAGAAAGAUUCAAGUUCUGGAAGCAUCUUUGGAAGACCAUGUGAAGAUGAAACAGCAAGCUCUGACAGAGUUUGAAGCCUUUAAGCACAGAGUUGCAGACAUGCAGCUUUGUGCAGAGGCCCAGCAUGUCCAGCGCAUAGUAACCAUGUCGCGGGAGGUCGAAGAGAUUAGAAGGAAGUUUGAAGAGAGGUUGCGGAGCUUUGGACAGCUCCAAGUACAGUUUGAGAAGGACAAACGGUUGGCCCUGGAAGAUUUGAGAACCACCCACAGACGGGAAGUCCAAGAGCUGUUGAAGUCGCAACAGGACCACAGUGCUUCAGUGAACAAGGGGCAGGAGAAGGCAGAGGAGCUGCACAGGAUGGAGGUGGAGGCCUUGAACAGCACCCUGGAAGAGCUGCGACUUGAAAAGAAGAAGCUCAUCGAGGAAUAUGAAGGCAGGCUGAACAAAGCCCAGAUAUUUUACGAGCGCGAGCUGGAUAACUUGAAAAGGUCACAACUCUUCACAGCGGAAAGCCUGCAGGCUAGCAGGGACAAGGAGGCCGAGCUUCGCAAAGAGUUCCAGGGACAAGAAGCCGUUCUGCGGAAAACCAUAGGAAAAUUGAAGACCGAGUUGCAGAUGGUGCAGGAUGAAGCCAGCAGUCUGCUUGACAAAUGCCAAAAGCUGCAGGUGGCCCUGACUGCAGCAGAGAGCAAUGUACAGGUUCUUCAAAAACAGCUUGAUGAUGCCAAGGAGGGAGAAAUGGCCUUGUUGAACAAGCACAAGGAAGUGGAAAGUGAGCUAGCAGCUGCCCAGGAGCGUUUACAACAGCAAGCGUCAGACCUUGUCCUCAAAGCUAGCCAUAUUGGAAUGCUUCGAGCAACUCAGAUGACCCAGGAAGUUACAAUUAAAGAUUUAGAGUCAGAAAAAUCCAGAGCCAACGAGAGAUUAUGUCAGCUUGAAGAGGAAAGAGCUUUUCUGCAAAGCAGAACGCAGAGUCUGGAUGAAGAACAGAAGCAGCAGGUGCUGGAGCUGGAGAAGAAAGUAAAUGAAGCAAAGAGAAGUCAGCAAGAAUAUUAUGAAAUGGAGCUUAAAAACCUGCAAAAUAGAUUGGAAGGUGAGGUGGCCCAGCUGAACGAGGCGCACUCGAAGACUUUAGAGGAGCUAGCCUGGAAGCACCACAUGGCCAUAGAGGCUGUGCACAGCAACGCCAGCCGAGAUAAGAAAAAGCUGCAAAUGGAAUUGGAGGAACAAUACAAAAAGGAGAAACUGAGUCUGGAAGAGGAUAAAAAUCAACUUCAACUGGAGCUAGAAAAUGUAAAGCAAGUGCUGGAAGACAAGCUGACUUCAGCCAAUCAGGAGAUUGGUCGCCUCCAAGAUCUGGUAAGGAAAAGUGAACAAGGUCUUGGCUCAGCUGAAGGACUCAUUGCUAGUCUUCAGGACUCCCAGGAGAGGCUUCAGAGUGAACUGGACCUGACAAAAGGCAGGCUAAAUGAGACCAAGGAGGCCCUAUUAAAUGUUGAGGCUGAGCUAGAACAAGAGAGGUGCCAGCAUGAACAAACACUUGCUGCCAUGAAGGAAGAAGAGAAGCUGAGGGUGGACAGGAUGGCCCAUGACCUAGAGAUAAAGUGGACUGAAAAUCUCAGACAAGAGUGCUCUAAACUUCGCCAGGAGCUAAGGCUUCAACAUGAAGAGGACAAGAAGUCUGCGAUGUCUCAACUGCUGCAGCUGAAAGAGCGAGAGAAAACUGCUGCCAGGGAUUCAUGGCAGAAGAAGGUGGAAGACCUUCUAAACCAGAUCUCCCUGCUCAAGCAGAACCUGGAGCUGCAGCUUUGCCAGUCGCAGACAUCUCUGCAGCAGCUGCAGGCGCAGUUCACACAAGAGCGCCAGCGACUCACACAGGAGCUGGAGGAGCUGGAGGAGCAGCAUCAGCAGAGACACAAGUCCCUCAAAGAAGCACAUGUCCUCGCCUUCCAAACCAUGGAAGAAGAGAAGGAAAAGGAACAAAGGGCUCUGGAGAAUCACUUACAGCAGAAGCAUUCUGCAGAGCUGCAGUCACUGAAAGACGCGCACCGAGAGUCCAUGGAGGGCUUCCGCAUGGAGAUGGAGCAGGAGCUUCAGACGCUCCGCUUCGAAUUAGAAGACGAAGGAAAAGCGAUGCUUGCUUCCUUACGAUCUGAACUAAACCAUCAACAUGCAGCUUCAAUUGAUUUGCUACGGCAUAAUCACCAUCAAGAACUGGCAGCAGCGAAAAUGGAGCUAGAGCGAAGCAUAGACAUCAGCCGAAGGCAGAGUAAGGAGCACAUGUGUAGAAUAAGUGACCUACAAGAGGAGCUACGGCACCGAGAGCACCACAUCUCAGACUUAGACAAGGAGGUCCAGCACCUCCAUGAAAACAUUAGUACCCUAACGAAAGAACUGGAGCAUAAGGGGAAAGAAAUUCUUAGAAUCCGAAGUGAAUCCAACCAACAGAUGAGACUAGAAGAAAUGGAAGAAAAGUACCUGAUGAGAGAAUCAAAGCCAGAAGAUAUACAGAUAAUCGCAGAAUUAAAAUCCUUGCUUACAGAGAGAGACCAGGUCAUAAAGAAACUAAUUGAGGAUAAUAAAUUUUAUCAGCUGGAAUUAGUCAAUCGAGAAACUAACUUCAACAAAAUAUUUAACACAAGUCCUACUGUUGGUGUUAUUAACCCCUUGGCUAAGCAAAAGAAGAAGAAUGAUAAGUCCCCAACAAACAGGUUUGUGAGUGUUCCCAAUCUAAGUGCUCUGGAAUCCAGUGGAGUGGGCAAUGGACAUCCUACCCGCUUGGAACCCAUUCCCAACUCUCCAGUCCAUGAUGUUGAGUUCAACAGCAACAAGCCACUUCCGCAGCCAUUGCCACCCAAAGAGCCCAAGACAUUUUUGAGGUAUCAGUAGGAUGCAUGUGCAUGUGCUCGAGGGACGUGGCCGCUGGAGCUUCCAUUACACAUUGUUGCGUGCCUUGUAAUUCCCCCAAAGACGGUAGGGAUGCUUUCGUUUCUUAAGUAGCCCAAAGAAUCUUAGAACUAAGACAGACUACUUGGAGAAUAGAAGAAAACCCGGUUUCUAAUGCACUCUGUUGAAAAUCAUCUCCAUAUGGAAUGAUGGAAGCUUAGAGUAACCUUGAUUUGGUUACGACUUUAGUUCUAGUGGAGGACACAAAUGUGAGGAUCAAUGCUUGUGUCAGAUUAUGGUAAUUCAAAGGGAAAAGUUGCCCAGAGAGGGAACGCUAUUUUGUUCUCUCUCUCUCCCCACAAAUACUCAUUUUUUUUAAAGCUUCCGAGAUGAUAAUAUUGUAUUUGCCAGUUGUUUAACUUUCGGGCCUUAUGGAGUAAUAAUUGUGAUGUGGCUCCUGUCACUGAGAUCAUCUGAGCUGACACAGUAAUUCAUGUUCUCAGAGAACCCGCUCUGAUGCAAAAGGGUAGUAGCCAGUCCUUGCAUACCGUUCUGACAAGGGUGGCCAGUGGUGAAAAUCAGUACUUAAAAUUUAAUUGCUCUCCCGUGUCUCUGCAAACUGUUUAAUCCUGGGUUACAUGUCUCUCUCUUUAUGAAUUUAGUCCUCCUCAGAGUGAAGCUUCCCCGGUGGCUUCUCCAGAUCCCCAGCGCCAGGAGUGGUUUGCCCGGUACUUCACAUUCUGAAUGAACUGUGCUGGCUCAGCUCUGGUGGACUGACAAGAGCCUGCCUGCAUCCGCAUCAGUAUGUGCACAGACUACCCUGUGUAAAGCACUGGGAAUGAGAAGGUGUUUGUCCAAUUUGAAGAUGCACUGUAUUUCCUGUGAAAGUUACUGGAAUCACUCUCUGAGGGUACUAUACUCUAUUAUGUGUGUAAUUAUAACAAUUAUUUUUAUUUGAGAUGGAAGUCUUUAAUCUUUGUAAUUACUGCAUAAUAAAUUUUGUUAGAACAAAUGGUUUUUGUUGUUGUUUUUCUAUUAAGUGUGCUUUAAACACUUUUUAAUACCAGGUGUAAGACUUGUCAAUAAGUAUCAUUGCAUUAAUGAUAAUUAAUUGUUAUUUCAAUAGUCUUCAAAUCAAUAUAGGGAAAUAUAUUCUAUUAA